AUGGUGCGUCCAAAUCUUGAUCUGGCACGCGGCAAUGCACUUGAUGAGAAAGAAGACAUGGUUGUAGUCAGGUGGCCAGCAAGCUGCAUGAAUAUUGGCUGGAAUCCAAUGUCAUGUAACACUGCGGUGGAUAAAGCAGAUGGUUUGCCGGGUCCUGAUGGGCCUCGGGGAACAGAUGGACCUCCAGGACCAGUCGGUGAUCCAGGACCUCCCGGACCAACUGGGCCUCCUGGCAGAGGGAGACCUGGAGCUCCUGGGCUGUCUGGAGCUAACGGAUUGCCUGGUGGUGUAGGACCUCAGGGACCCCCAGGACCAGAAGGGUUUCCAGGGCUUCCAGGUCUUCCAGGUCCAGACGGGCCGCCUGGACUACCUGGAGUACUUCCUGAGGGAAAUGGAGAGUUACUGUGUCCCGCUAUAUGUCCCCCGGGACCCCCAGGGCCUCCUGGAAUGCCCGGAUUCAAGGGACAUACAGGACACAAAGGAGAAAAAGGAGAACUCGGGAAAGAUGGACCGAAGGGUCAGCAAGGCCCACCCGGGGUCCCUGGAAUCCCAGGAUCUGUUGGUCUACAGGGGCCUCGAGGUUUAAUAGGACUUCCAGGUCCAGUGGGAUCCGUCGGAGACCGAGGUUUGCCAGGUUUUCGGGGCAAGCCUGGUAUUCCUGGUGUCAUCGGAAAAACAGGUGAUGCCGGAGAGAAAGGACCUGUGGGUUUUAAAGGACCUAAAGGAGAAAUCGGAAAAAUAGGUCCUAAAGGUCGGCCUGGACCUCCAGGCCCCAAAGGAGAACCAGGCAUGCCAGGCAGAGAUGGCAAAGAUGGCACUCAGGGAUACGAUGGUGAAAAAGGUGAUGGAGGGCGGCCAGGAGUUUCUGGAGAGAAAGGGCCUAAUGGUGUACCUGGUUUGCCAGGAAAGGCUGGAGUAAAAGGUGCCAAAGGAGUAGUUGGCGAUCAAGGAAAGACGGGAGAAGCAGGACCAGCUGGAGAGCCAGGUAUUCCUGGUGAGAUUGGUAUUCCAGGAGAAAGAGGUGAAGCUGGACCCAGAGGUGUCACUGGAGGCAUCGGCCUAACUGGAAAUCCAGGACCUCAAGGAGUCAAAGGAUUCCAGGGAAUUAAAGGCGCUAUUGGAGAUCCCGGUCUUCCGGGUCCGACCGGACUCAGAGGAGACUUUGGAGACCGGGGACCAACAGGAGCUGCAGGACCAAAAGGCGACAUUGGACUGGCUGGAAGUGACGGCUUGCCCGGAGAGAACGGAGAAGCGGGUCCGUUCGGUCCUCCUGGCCAAAAAGGAGCGCCAGGGAAACAUGGCGAGCUGGGUCCGAAAGGAGUGACGGGGCCACAGGGGGAGACUGGAGCAAGAGGGCUGCCUGGAAAACCCGGUUUGAUGGGCUUCCAUGGAGAAUCAGGCCCUCCUGGUGUCUCUGGAAAGACUGGUGUUCCUGGAAAGCUGGCAAGCGAACAACAUAUCAGAGAACUGUGUGGCGCACUGAUUGAUGACCAGAUUGCCAAGCUGGCUGCUCACCUGAGGAGACCGUUAUCUCCGGGAGCCGUGGGUCGACCAGGUCUGGCUGGACCUCCUGGAAAACGAGGAGAAGCAGGAGUGAUGGGACUUCCUGGAGCUCGUGGUCCCCCAGGAUACAGAGGUCUUCCAGGAGAUCUUGGAGAUCCUGGUCCUAGAGGUGAUGCUGGUGAAAAUGGUGAUAAGGGACCUGUUGGAAAAGCCAUUGAUGGGCUCACUGGAGACCAAGGAGAAGCAGGUCUCCAAGGAGUACAUGGCAUUGUUAAAGAUGGACGUGAUGGUGCACCUGGAGAUCCUGGUGAGCCCGGAGAACCGGGCAGGGCAGGCAGGACGGGGCAUCAAGGACCGCCAGGAAUCUGUGACACGACAGCCUGCCAGGGCGCAGCGCCUCACGGGAAAUCAUCCAACCCUAAAAACCAUUAAACAUCGACGCCUGCGUCUUUUAAAAACACGCCUGCACCCCAAGGAACAAACAGCAAGCAAGAUAUUUAAAAAAAAAAGAAAAAGGAUCAUCUGUGGAGUGUUUUAAAGAGCUGCAUAUGAUGAACAGGAACGAGUGAUGAGACUUCGAGCCGAGACUCGACCAAAGAGUGAGAGCUUGAAGUACCAAUUUGUGUUAAAAAAAAAAUUACUGAAAUGAUGAGAACUGGUCUGGUCAGAUAUGUAUGUGUGCAUUUAAAAAAAACAAAAAAAACAAACGGUAACUCCUUUCCUCAGUAGCUGUUAGCAUAAAAUCUCUAUGUACAGAGUCCUGUAAAGAAACAACUGUGACUUUCUUGACUUAUGAAAAACACACACAUGCAUAGAAAAGUGAGAAGCGUAGUCCUUUUGGACUGGAAAGAACAAAUUUAUCCUCAAAAUCUGUCCGAGAAGAUGAGAAGGAAUCAGCUCUGACGCCAGAGCGUCACUCAGUAUGUCAAAUAAUUUUGUAUAUUACUGCACAAAUAGUAUUUUCCAAGUUUUCAGUAUUUUUUUUUUGUACUGUUUCAGAUAUUUUUCAAUUAAAAAACAAAAAAUUGUUUGAAAACGAAUCCCAAUUUGAUGUAAAAUAAAAGCAACCCUGAAAGCAUCAAUUCAGAUGCUGGAUGAACUGUUACUCUGAGACAAACCGCAGGAGUUUUCACUUGUCUGAACUUUCCAACACCUCCCACUAUGUACUGGUGCUGUAAACUAUUAAAUAUCCAUGACUUUAAAUACUAUUUAUUAUGUGUGGGUGAUUGUUGUAAGAAAUAAAUACUGAAUAAAGCCACUUUUCAGUAAAAACGUCA